AUGAAAUCUCUCACUGUAUAUGCAGUUUACAAAAAACUAAAAGCAAUUAACGAAAGGAAAGCAGCAGAUCUUGAUAAAAUACCUUGCAAACAUUUAAGAAUUGCAGCUGAAAUAGUUGCCCCAUCGUUAACUCAAAUAUUUAAUAAGACUAUAAGUACAAGCGUCUUUCCUACAGAUUGGAAGCUAGCGAGAGUUACUCCAAUUUUUAAGAAAGGUAAAAAAGACGACAUGAACAACUAUCGACCAAUAUCUGUUAUUUCUGUAGUAGCAAAGAUUUUUGAAAAGUUUACUUUUGAGCAGUUGUAUGAGUAUCUGAACAACAACAAUCUAAUAUUUGCGUCUCAAUCUGGAUUUCGAUCAUUGCACAGUACACUAACUGCCCUAAUAGAAGCCACGGAUAAUUGGUCAAUAAAUAUAGAUAAAGGCCUUCUUAACGGAGUAAUUUUUAUCGAUCUUAAAAAAGCAUUUGAUACUAUUGAUCACACCAUUCUUUUACGGAAGUUACGAAUUUAUGGCGUUGAUGAAAAUGGUAUCAAAUUCUUCGAAUCAUACAUAAGCAACCGCAGUCAAAGAUGUUGCGUCAAUGGUGAGUUAUCUGAAACUGCUAAAAUAACCUGUGGGGUACCACAAGGCAGUAACUUGGGACCUCUAUUGUUCCUUAAUAUACAUAAUGAUUUGCCUAAUUGUCUCGACAGAGCCUCUCCAAGAAUGUUUGCUGACGACACUAACAUAGCAUCGUAG